AUGAGCGUAUCUUCCGAAGACGAGGCUGUCUCGCCCACUCGAGCGGUUCAAUCCACCUCCCCCGGCAGAGAUGCAUAUUCUCAAUCGCCAAAGGCAACGAGCGACCAUGAUGGUAACCGCAGCGAAGUGGGCGCGAGUGGUAGUGGAUUCCUGCACUCGGAGGACAAGCGCACAAAAAGGAAGCGCAAACCUUCGCCGCCUGAACUCCUCGUCAUUGUCCGACCACCGCCUGCUAGUAAGGAUCGCAACCCCCUAAAUCUGCAGAUUCAGCUUGUCCUCCCGCAAGCUCCUCCUGCGCAGAGUAACGGUCGGACAUCAGGAGAAUCGAGCAGGGAUACCGCGUCCAAUGCAGGUGGCAGAGGAGCAGAUCAGCUCAGAAGACGCAACUCGUCGAGCUCGACGAGAUCUGGUAGAUCAGAAGUGACGACGGCCUCGUCAUCGAGCUAUGGAGGAGGUGGGAGCAGCGCGAGGCGAGUCACCCCGCUAUACAACCUCUCGAUCCACUCGAUUCUCCCUACGACAAUCUCUGACGCAGGUACCGACCAACGCGUGGCCAAAUACAGCAAAAAGGGCGUAGAGAUCGACGGCUUCGGUGUGCUAGAACCAUCCGAGCUCCUUCAUGGCAUCAACGACCUCGCGAGCCUCGAGGCCACGGGCGUCAUCCCUGUCGCAUCCCCGGGCGUCGUCUCCCCCAGCAGAGGCAGCACAGACGGCGAGCCCACGAGCGAUCCAGGUGUGGUAUCUGCUGGAGUAGAGCCACCCACCAGCUUCGACUCAAUGACACCUGAAGCUCAAUCGCCCGACGGCCACCUUGGUGCCAAGUUCAUGCGUCGCUUUAAGGGCUUGAGCUUGAAUCUAGGCAGAAACGAAGGAGGAGGCGGUCCAGCAGCGUCGAUCGCAGCAGCUUCGACCGCCGCAGCUUCAGCCAAGCCAAGCUUCACCUCCUUCUUGUCCAACUUGAGCAAUGGACCGAAAGUGCCCCGAUCAGCAACAGUAGCUGGGCCAGAAGCGGCUGCUGCCCUCUCGCCAUCACGCCCGCUCUCGUCUGCUGGCCUCACCAUCGCGACAGCUGGGCCGAACCACCACCAAAAUGGAAGCGGCAACGACGUCACACAAAUGGUCCCGGGUGCAGGGCUAAGUGAGUCUGGUCGAAGGACGCAGGGCUACUACUGGACGGUGAAGCGGUACAAUCGCCGUGUGACGGACAGUAACGGUCAGCCACCGCGUAUGACCCUAGGAUCCGACGGACAGAAUCCGGUCCUCAAGAACGUAUGGAGACGCUUCAAUUCAGUGAAUCGUUUGGGUGGAGAGGAAAAGCAUCCGCAUCCUUCUGACAUUCCGGUGCGGUUCGAGUGGACUCGGGAGAGCAGAUCGCACAACAACAGUUCGGCUGCGGCAGUGCCCGUGAUGGACGCGGCGGGCAAGCGGCUCAGUACAGGGUCCAUGUCGCUUUCGCCGACGAUGGAUCAGCGAGUGGGUAGGCGGGCCAGUCUACGACCGCCGACGGGACGCAAGACGUCUUCGUCACAGGGCCAUGGUCACUCAGUCAGUCGUAACGGUCGAUCGCAGAGUAGCUCUGCGCGCGUCUCGCUCGACCAAAAUGGCGGCGGCGAAUCAGCGAUCGACGACUACGAAGGCGAUGACGAUGGCAAUGCUUCUGACCCGGAGGACUCUGAAACUCCCUGGUCAUGUCACCUCGUCCUCGGCGCAUCCACUCGCAUCCCCAUCGGGACUCUCUCCCCAGCACCGCACCACCCCAAACUCGUAGCGCAGCUGGCGGUGCCCUUCCCGCUACCCGACUUGUCGCAGACUGGGCUCGGGGCUGAUGGGGCAGGCCUGACGAGGGAGGAGAUCAAGGACGUCAUCUGCGUGACGUGCCUACAUCUCAUCAUCAGGGAGAGCUUCGGUGGACUGGGUCGAGUGAGGAGGAGGGGCGAUCGUGUCUGA